AUGCCCGAACUCAAGACGAGUAGCUCUUCCAAGGAGUCGACAAGCAGCGAUGUUUUGAUAGAUACCAACCAGGCUCGACAAACCACUCCACCAUUCACACCUCCGACAUCACUUGCGCCUAGCAGCUCUCCUAUGAAAAGUGACUUGGAUACGGAGACCAAUCCUGCAAUUGGUAGUUCUGGAGUGAAGCGCUCCCGCUAUCAUUAUACCGUAUAUCAAUGUGACGAUGAGCUCGACUUGCCCUCAAAGAGAGCGAGAACCUUGAAGACAACCUGGUGCUCCCCCUGCGCUCCAGGGUCGGAGACCUCCAAUUAUCUCAAUGAGCGCAUGCUGGAGCUCUCGCGUGUUACGCGCCGCGCUAUAGCCACCCGUCUCCGCUACCAACGCCUACGUGCCCACGAGCUAGACCUAAUGAAGUCUAUCCACGAAGAUGAAACCGAGCUGACGCAAACAGAAUUGAAAACAGUGGAUCACCAAAUCGGAUCAAUCCGAAACAUGCUUCGCGAGGGGGGAGUGGUGGCAAUAGGAGAUGAUGGGCACGGGUUCGAUCCUGGUGACCAUGAACCUAGGCGUGCCAGUGGUUCCUCCGACAACGAAUCUGUACACAUGAUUGAAUCUGGGAGCUCAAAAAUGCCAGCAGCUUUACCUGGUGUUACUCAAUCGCCGCUCCGCCAUCAUGAUCACGCAUCCAAGAACAUGAUAUCAUCUCUGUCUACGACCGUGGUAUUACCCUCGUCACUACCGACAACGGACAACAGAACGGGAUGCUGCGCAACGCCUGCAUCCAUAUCGCGACUUGCGGCCUGCCAUGUCAACUACCCCCCAUACUUCCUUGAUGAUGUCACCGGAAGACCUGGAAAGCGCUAUCUGCGAACUCACCCUCCAAAACUAUCCGACUAUUCGCAAGAAGAUAUUGAGGUAAUUGAGUACGCGCGGAGGCAAGUGGUCAUGGACAUGAUCAUAACCUAUGGUUGGAUCAAAAACACUACGAAGAUUCAGAAGCAAGGAUCGCACCGCUACGCCAGAGAAGUUGUGAACGCGGUCAAGGCAUCACUUGACCGCCCGGGGCUAGACCCGACGUCUGCCGUUACGACCCUAGUAAUGGCCGGUCUCAUUAAUAGUCGCUCAAGACUCGUUGAAAACGCCGAAAAGGAAUCCUUACCGUUUUAUCUCGACGACCUCGAGCCGGCAGACAAAUCAUUGUCUGCCGAGGAUCGCAAAAAAUAUAUGGCGGCGCGUAAACAGAUUAUCUAUAACGCGGACGAGACACAUUCCUAUUUUUUACACGCCCGCAAAGAUGGCCAAGUCGUUCUUUUUGCUCAUGAUGGCGUGCAAGCCGUGCACAUCAAACAGUGGUUUCUUGAUGAGCAAUCACCCCUUUAUGACGAGUCAUUGAGGGCGGUGCUCACGACAACCACCAUACCUAUGCUGUCAAUGUCGGCAGUUGGGGUUAUGGGUGCCAUUGAUCGGCAUGUCGAAGGACGCCUUUCGAAGUCCGGGCUGGGGAAGGUCCUCCGGUUUACCGGUCAUGUGUAUGCCGAGAAGCAACAAACGCUAAGUGAAUCAAUGAAAGCCUGCUUCAAUAUGGACAUUCAUCGAGAGGGAAUGAAAACAUAUCUUCAACACUUACAUGACAAGGGAAUGAGAGCCCUAAAUGACAAAUUGGGUCUUACACCACCCACUUUGAUCUAUAUUCCCACGUCACUGGAAGAACUAACCCUACCACCCGAGCAAGGAAACCCCACCACGUUCCAUGAUACCGUCUCUGACGAGUCAGCACUUGCGCUCAACUCCAACGCACCCUCAUAUGAUCAGUCGGAAUUUAAUUUGGACAACCUCUUCGGGGAUUCGAUGUAUGACUCGUUACAAAGUACCCAGUGGAGGAAAAGGGGGCUGGACAACUCAAGACCUGAAGGUCUUCACCGCGCAAUUCCGCUGGACAUGACGCUGGUAGGAGCAGAUGCUCAUGUAGUACACGGGCCAGAUGGCCUUCAACGUCAAUUCCGGUAUGAGGGAGCGAAGAGAUCUUCAAGCUCAGGACCAGAUGGCCCUUACCGGACAAUGCCAGUCAUGAGAUUGGGCCAGAUGGCCUUGCAUCAAUUUCGGAGCGAAGAGAUCUUCAAGAUCGGACCAGAUGGUCUUUACCGGACAAUGCCAGUCAUGAAAUCAGUGGGAGCAGAAGUUCCCGUAGGGCCAGAUUGGCCUCAAUGA